AAAAAAAGUAAGGAAAAAAAGAAGGAAAACAAAUGAAGAGAACAGAUAUCGGCGAAAAACAUAACCAAUUUGCUAGAAAUACCUAAAAAUUUACCCCCUCCACCGUCAGUUGUUUAUUUUUUUUCCUUUGCCCAUGCGCCUACCGCCACCCUCGGAAAUAUCUUUAGAUGGCAGGUUAAUUUUCCUGCCUUUGUAGGGAUCAUGGAAUACAGAGGCACACGCUCCCUCUCCCCCGUGUGGAUGUCUGCCAUCCCCUCUGUCUCAAUUUGAAAUAAUAAUUUGCUUUCAAAGCUGUUUUGAAAAUUAAAAAAAAAAUGUGCUUAAGUCUCCCAUUGAAUAAGGCUUUCAGAAAAAAAUUCGUCCGAACAAAAUUGAGAUUUUUCACUGAGACCAGCAUUCAACAGGAGGUACAGUGGCAGAAUUUCAAUGUCAAAGUCCGAAGAGUCCCAUGUAUCAACAUCACAAGAUAUGCGCAAAUUAACAAAUUACCAAGUCAUUGGGAAAAGAUAUUUUUGGGGCGGGGGAUAGCAUUUUUCAUUCUUUAAUUUUUGAUCGAUUGUCAUAUUGACGCUGAAUGGCCAUUUAUCUUUGUAAUUUGGUUUUGUUCAAAAUCAUCGUAAUCAAAAGAAAAAAAUUCUUUUGUUCAGUGUAAAAAGGUUAAAUUUUCUGAAUAGGCCAGUAAUAAUUGACACAAAAAGUUCCAAACACAGACACUUUUGUUAAUAACCAAAUUUCCACUCAAAACUUUUCAUAUUGUGGUCAGGAACCCCCCCAAAAAAAUUCAACCAAUUUUCUCACUGGGGAAAUAAGAUUUUGAAGCGUUUAAAACCCCUCAUUUUCUCACCCAAAUGCCCCAUGGUCCAACUAAUCAUGCCCAAAUUGGAACAGUGCUUAACCAAUGGAGCUCCCUGACACUAGUUGGGCGGAUUCUAAGUUGGAUGUAUAGACCACACAUACAACAUGUCAGCUUCCUUGAGCAUGUGGGACAAAUGUCAGGACAUUGUGGACUGUGGUUCCAGUCAGCAAACAGAGGCAUCUGUUCCUUGGCAUCUUUCGGAUCAGAGAAGCCGAGAUGGAAUGGAAAUCGCUGCCGGAUCUGUUGAAAAGCCCAGACCACUACCUGAAAUCGUUCAACGCCUACAAGACCUCGAUUUUGAAGUUUAGCAAGUACACAGCUUGGGUGGACGGUGUGCUGAGUGAGGCUGUCGUCGAUAAACUCCAGGCUGUUAUGGGCAGACAAGAGGAACUACGUAUACUGGGAGUUGGCAGCGGAGAUGGGAGUGUAGACUACACGAUACUGAAGAGGCUCUUGCAUCAUUUCCCACGCAUCAACAACCGUGUAGUUGAGCCCUUUUCAGAGCAAUUACGCCAGUACAAGGCAUUAGCUCUGUCUAAGGCCCAUGAACUGCCAGGCGUAGAUCACCACUGGCGACAGCAGACGAUAGAGCAAUAUCAGAAAGAGGGAGAUUUGACCAAAUUUCACUUCGUCAGCGCGAUCCACACCCUGUACUAUGUAGAAAAGAGCUCUUUAAUGUAUCUCUACGACUGUCUGGAGCCAGGCGGAGUACUGCUUGUUGUCUUAGAGUCAGAGAACAGUGGGAUGUCGCAGUUGUGGUAUCACUUCCUGCAAGAUCAGCCCAGAUACGUCAGCUCAGCCGACUUGCAGAGCUCUUUGGAACGCCGAGGUAUCCCGCACAAGAAGAUUCGUCAACGCUGCCACAUAGACAUCACCAUGUGCUUUGGCGAAACUUCGGCAGAGGGUAAAAUGUUGAUGGAUUUCUUCUCUCACGUUGUGGACUUCGACAAGGUGGCAUCGAAAGGCUUUCAGAGAUCUAUGAUGGAGUAUCUUGCCAGCAGCCACUGCUCCAAGAAGUGUGGAGAUGAAGUGUGGCUUAUCGUUGAAUGGGAUGCAGUUGUCAUCAGCAAACCACGAGAAUAAAAUUUCUCUCAUUAAAAUGGAGGCAGUUUCAUUUGGUCUUGAUCUAUUAAAUACCGGUAUGCUUUGCCUUGCAUAACUGCUUGGUCAUGGAUGCACAUGCACCCAAUCCUUGCACGACAAUCUCUUGUCAAAUCCAUCAGGUGUUCCUGUAAGCACGACAUCACCUGAAACAAGGUAAAGGUGAAACACUAUGUAUAUUUACAGCAGGUGACAAGUACCUGAACUUUUGCAACUUUAUAAUACCGGACGGUGGAAGCUAAGAAAAUCGACACUCCAUUAAAAAUUGAGAACUAAUUCUGCGAAGCCUGCCCUGAAAUUAUGUGAGUACAUACCUCUCCUUUGCCAGUCUUCUAAUUACAGAAGCAAUACAUGUAGCUUCUAUUUGGGGGCUGAGGUGUACAUCGGCAGCACGCCGACGCAGAACACGAUGAACCCAAGCCUGACAUCUUGGAGAUAGCUAGAGACAUCAUACAGGUGUACUUCAUUUAUGACUUAUUACAUGUAUUAAUUACUCUGUAAGCUAAACAAUUUGCCGUAACCACGCAGCUCCUCAAAAGUCUGCUUCAGAAGCAUAAUCACAUUGCCACCAGUUGCUCGCGAGCAUCUCUGGGGCGUGAUCCAAUGUAAAACACGUGCAGGGGGUUGCAGGUAAAUUCCUGCACCAACAACCAUGUCGUGCGGACACUACUAAGUUUUGAACUUUGUUAUCGUGGGUUUGUUGCGUUAGGAUUUAAAGUUUGUUCAGAGGUUCUUGGCUUCACGAAUCACAGCCCAUCUUUUGGGAGCGUGAUCCAGUUCAGCUUUUUGUGUGGGUGGGAGGAGGUUUUCAGUGUUCUUACACAUUGCUUAAGCUCACUGUGUAUGAAAUACAUAAUUUCAUUUCUUGCAGCUUUUAUUGUCGUAUAACCAAUGCAUUCAUUACGUUUUGUCAUGUGAAAUGCAUUGCGAAUGAAUAGGUAUUUUUUCAUUUCACAAGAAACAAGAAACCUCAUUGCUUGUGGUACAAGUCCUGUAAAAACGCCUUUAAUGAAAGGUACGGUAAUAUAUUGUGAGUUGUGAAACUGCAUACUGCUGUAAAUUGGAAAUGCUUGCUUAUUUGUUAGACUUUAGUCAUGUACCCUUCUCUAUAUACCAUGAGCGCAAAUAUAAUUGCUUUGGAUUGUAAAUUCAUGUUGAUUUUGGCAUUAAUCAUCAUCUAUAAAUUUCCUGCUGGUGUUUUAACCAUUUAUUCCCCAUUUUACUAUGGCAUUGCAGGUUUUUAUUAUUUCAAAUUUCUAUUUGACUGUAAUUAUGUAAUUUUAUCACAUUAAAGCUACAUAAAAUCAUUCUAGUGAAUAAUGUAUUUUGAUUAUAUUCUCAAUGAUUAUAAAUAUAAGCAUUUUUCUAUUGAAUACAUCGAUUGUUAAAUUGGUACGAUGUGCAGGUGUCGGAAAUAAGAGGCCUUUUCUGUUGGUUUUGUCCGGUAACGUUAAGCACAUAUAUUUCAAUGUGUCAAGGUAAAUGAGUUUUGUAAUUUCGUGC